CAGACUCGGAGUUCUUUCAUCAGCAGCAUAGCGUUUCAUAGCUAUAAUUGAGGAUGGCAUAUCCAAGAACAACACUUCAUCUUCGACUGCACGGCAAGCAGGUAGGCAGAUAUCUGUGUUGCAAUCCCCUGCUCAUAAGCUCAUCUGGUCCAGAAAUCAUCAUUCCCUCCUCAAGACUCUCAUUAUCAACAUCAUGAGCCGCCUGUGCUCGAACAACUGGAUGCUUAGCACCACUUACCCACGAAGACAACCCAUAUUUAAUUCUCCCAAUUCGCCGACAAGUGUUUAUAAGGCUUUACUGAUGCAGGGGAUCCUAGUUGGAACCCUGCUGCUGUCGAUCAUCAUACCAACAGUCAAUGGUCAACAUGCUCUACAAGUAUACUCUGGGGGGCAAAGCUUGAACUAUCUCCACCUAUUGCAUGCCCGAGCCGAUCUUCAAACUCCCCUAGCAAAAACCCUCCAACCUUACGAAUGUCAGCCCAAGCCCUUGAGCCCCCAAACCUGGAAAGAGCUCAAGCUGGAUGAAUACAUCAAGACUUAUCCCAAGGCACUCGAAAUAAAUCUUGACGAGUUCGCCCGACAAAACAAUGCCCUCAACUUUGUUUGUGGUCUCAACCAGUUUUGUUCAGCCGGUCAGCUCUGUUCUCCGAUCAGUGGAAGAGCGUGGUGGGUCCUUGCUGCUAUGGAACAGUUGACAAUGUAUCAGAAUUCGCUCUACACUGCUAUUGGUUUGGCGGCCAGUCGCGCCAAAGCCAUUGGAGCAGAACUCGUGAAUGACUUAUACCUGCAAAAUGCUAGAAAGAAAUACAAACUAUUUCAAUCGACCACCAUGGUUCUAACCAUGGCCCUAGCCGUUGUGGCCAUAAUUGCUGGUGUGGUUUUUCUGGUUACUCCUGGUUUGGAAGCCGGUGCGGCCGUGGCUACAGCAGGCGCUAUGAUCGCAAUCGCUCAGGUGACAAUGCUACUGAAAGCGCAAGCUGCUGAACGUGAAGCCGGAAGACAAGAUACGUUUACGAAGUGGUCCCAUUAUGAGAACCAAAUCUCAGACUGGCAAGAAAAAUCCCAAAGCGCGAUCAGUAAACGAUUUAAAGAAAUAGUCGAGAAUCCCAUUGGUAGCCAAAAGGGCAUCUUGGGAUCUUUGGCCGGUGGUGAAUUUUGUCGGAAUAGUCUCAAACAUGAUACAAAUGAUUUAGAAUCAAAGUUGGCUAGAAUCCUCACCAUAAGGAUGGUUGGCCAGAUACUUAGGGCAAAGAAAGGUUUUAUUACCAUAGGUGAUGGCUGUCGCCAAAACGGACCCAACGGAGCAUUUUCCAUCGACGAUGGUUGGUUGAGCUACUGCGACAAGAGAGAUGGCACGAUGAUGAACGUAAUCUAUGACGACGAGGGUAAAUCUGGAAAUAAAUUUUACAACGCGAAGGUGUUGGUUGAAAAGUACAAAAUAACCGCGGAAUAUAUCACCAAGCAAGCUUUCGAGUGCUUCAAACUGGGCAAAGGGCCUGAUUACGAUCCAUACUCAGACGGAACAACCUUGCCUGUGGAUGAGAAUUCUCGCUGUUUGAUUAAUUUACCAGUCUGCGAUACUAAAGCUGCCGGUGUUCGUAAGAAGCUGAAGCAUCAUACUACCGUCAAGGCCUGUCGUACAGCCGGAGGAAUCUCUUUACCGUAAUACAAGCUAUCGUCAAGGGCUAAAUGGACUGACCCAAGAAUUUCCUCGAUCAAUCAGAUAGCUCGAGUCAAACUGAAAC